GUUUAGAUUUUAUAUAACGUGAUUAUAAAAAUGGAAAAGCUGCGAGUUCUGGAGCUCUACAGUGGAAUUGGAGGCAUGCACUAUGCAUUAAAAGAAAGUGCACUGCCUGCUGAAGUGGUGGCUGCAGUGGAUGUGAACACAACAGCCAAUGAAAUCUAUAAAUACAACUUCCCAGAUACUCUGCUGCUACCCAAGACCAUUGAAGGAAUGUCAUUAGAGGAUUUUAAUAAACUGGAUUUUGAUAUGAUUUUAAUGAGCCCACCUUGCCAGCCUUUUACAAGGAUUGGGUUACAGGGUGACAUUUCUGACCCCAGAACUAGAAGCUUUUUGUACGUCUUGGAACUUCUGCCGAGGCUGAACAAGAAGCCCCGAUUUAUUCUGCUGGAGAAUGUCAAGGGGUUUGAAACAUCCUCCGCAAGAAAUGCUUUGAUAAAGACUUUGAAGGACUGUGAAUACAGCUUUCAGGAAUUUUUGAUAUCACCAACUUGUCUCGGGAUACCGAACUCAAGGUUGCGCUAUUUUCUUAUCGCCAGAGCAUCUCCAGAUUCCUUCUCCUUUCAGCCUACAGAACAGAUUCUUGAGGGCUUUCCACAGUCAGCCCCCAGCGCUGGCACCGUCGGUCCGACCAUCCCAGAAAAGCACUGUAGUGCUGACAGUCCCGAGGUGAAGGAAUCUAUAAUCUAUAAACUGGAGACGGCUAAUGACUUGGAAAGAAAGAGGAGUCAGAAUCAUGAUCAGACAGUGAGAAGAUUAGAAGAUUUCUUGGAGGUGGAGGAACCAGAAUCAAACAUGGACAAUUUUUUACUGUCUCCAAAAACGCUGUUGAGAUACGCUGUACUCAUGGACAUCGUCCAUCCAAAGUGCAGGAGAUCAGUGUGUUUCACUAAAGGAUACGGCCACUAUGUGGAGGGAACUGGUUCUGUUUUGCAGUCGUGUACAGAUGUGGAGCUGGAAGCUGUCUUCAAGUCACUGGAGCUUCUAUCAGAAGAGGAGAAGCUGGCACAGCUGUCCCGACUCAAACUCAGAUACUUCACACCCAGAGAGAUCUCGAACCUUAUGGGCUUCCCAUCACUUUUCACUUUUCCAUCAAACAUUUCCAUGAAGCAGAAGUACCGGGUUCUGGGAAACAGUCUAAAUGUUCAUGUUGUGGCCAAACUCAUCAGUCUCAUGGUGUCGUGAGCAGAAGUCUGACUGUACUGGACUGUAUUGGACUAUACUGGACUGUACUGGACUGUACUGUCGUGUACAGUGUGGAUAAUUUCUUACCAAGGGACAUGACGAGCCACGUUGCAGCUGGACUUUCUGAAAUAUAAUAAUAAUGAAUAUUUAUCUUUUCUAUCUUUGAAAUUAAAUUUGUAAAAUGUCAAACAAUAUGUUCUGUUUUGCUAUUAUUGAAUAUACAUUAAUUACAUCUGUUGUCCUCAGAAUAAAAGAUUGAUUUUAAAUAA